CGAGCGGGGAGGAUCGAGCGAGCUGGAGAAACACGAAAAAAGCUCGGUGCUGUGAUGAAGGUCUGACACACUGAAACACACCAUGAGUACGUCAGCAGAGGACCCGGUCACGCCCCCUCCCAUGACCACGCCUCCUCGCAAAGCUUCGGUCCGUCUACAAGAGAGGCGGGGCUCCAACCUGUCGCUGCUAUUGGAUGUGAGUACUCUGGGGGCGGAGCCUGUCUGCUCCGUGUCCACCCCUAAGGAGGUGUGGCUCCAGCUGCUGCACACCUCCAGUCGCCCGCUCACACACACACUGCUGCAGCAGGCCGCCACGGACACCAACAUACUGAAUGUAGAGUACCAGAAAAUCCCUCCCAACUUUGUGAGCGCCGCAGAGCUUGAUGUUCCAGGACACAUGAUCAAGGACCGAUACAAAACCAUCCUGCCCAACCCUGAGAGCCGGGUGAUCCUGAGGAGCCCAGAGGAAGAGGCAGGGCCAGACCGCUACAUCAACGCCAACUACAUUCGGGGUUACAGAGGAGCCCAGAGGUCCUACAUCGCCACCCAGGGGCCGAUGCUGCACACUGUGGGAGACUUCUGGGACAUGGUGUGGCAGGAGAGGAGCAGCAUCAUCAUCAUGGUUACAAGACUGAAGGAGAACAACGAGAAAUGUGAGCUGUACUGGCCUCAGCCGAAGGAGAGGGGGACAGGGGUGAAGGAGGAGGAGGAGGACGACGAAGAGGAGGAACAGAAGGAGAAAGAGGAGGACGAAGGAGAGACGGGUCGAUUCGGCAGAUUCAUCCUCAAAGUCAAAGACAGUCGAGAGAAAGACGGGUUCACUGUGACUGACAUGGAGGUUCAGCUGUGUUCAGAGCGUCGUCACGUCAGACACUACUGGUUCACCUCUUGGCCCGACCACCACAUCCCACAAUGCACCGCUCCUCUGCUGGGACUGGUGGAGGAGGUGGAGAUGUACAGCAAGUCCCUCCCACCAGCCGGUCCUGGACCAAUCAUCGUCCACUGCAGUGCAGGUAUAGGGAGGACAGGUUGUUUCAUAGCCAGCAGCAUCGGCUGUCAGCAGCUCAGAGAAACCGGCCAGGUCGACAUCUUGGAGACAGUUUGUCAGCUUCGGCUCGAUAGGGGUGGUAUGAUCCAAACCACGGAGCAGUACCAGUUCCUGUACACCAUUCUGGCCCAGUACAGCUCCCAGCUUCAACACAACCAGGAUCAGGUCCAGAACCAGCUCCUCACACAGAACCAGCAGAACCAAGACGACCAAGUCAACAUACAGCUACAGAACCUACACCUGGACAACACGCAGAACGGGAGGAACUGAUGCCUUACAGAACCUGGAGAACCAGCAGCAUCUGCUCGGCCAGGUGCAAACCUACAUGAACCCAGAAGAACACACGGCAGACAUUACUAACAGAACCCAGAAGAACACACAGCAGACAUUACUAACAGAACCCAGAAGAACACACGGCAGACAUUACUAACAGAACCCAGAAGAACACACGGCAGACAUUACUAACAGAACCCAGAA